AUGCAUGCGUCAUCUAGCCAGAACAGCGCAGGUGGUGUCGAUCCCAUCAUUCGUGGAUUCAUGAGCACAGCUGUGAAGCGACCGCAUCGUAUGACCCCAGCAAUCACCGAGAAAAUGUUUGGCAGCACGGAUCUUGGCUCAUUGAAUAUCCAACGGGGUCGUGAUCAUGGCAUUCCCUCGUACAAUACGAUGCGAAAAUUCUGCGGUUUACCGAAAGCCGUUGACUUCGAAGACUUCUCUGAUAUGAUUCUCGACCGAAACCUUCGCACUGGACUCAAACGAAAUUACAACACCACUGAUGAUGUAGAUUUCUAUGUGGGCUCGAUGUUAGAAGACCCGGUGGUAGGUGGUCUAGUCGGCACCACUCUCAGCUGUGUUAUUGGCGAGCAGUUCAAGCGACUUCGAGAUGGUGACAGAUUCUACUAUGAAAAUCCGGGAGCUUUCACACCAAGUCAACUUGCCGAAAUUCGAAAGUCCACUUUAUCACGGGUGAUAUGCGAUAACGCCGACCAUUUCGAGCUGAUCUCACAGGAUGCGUUUCUACUGCCAGGACCGCAAUUAACGCCGUGUACGGCACUGCCGGAAAUUGACCUCACCAAAUGGAGGCUACAGUAG